AUUUAAUAGUUCAUUGAGAAAAGCUUUGCAACAGCAGAAUGAGGUCAUUGUGAGUUCUAUUGUGAAGCAAAUUAACAGUAAACCUAAUAAUCCCGCCACGAAUACCGGGCACGAGGAUAGCGCACGGGAGGAUACUAAACAUAACUCAUUCGAUUUCAAACACGAGGGACAUCGCAUUCAGCAUACCUUUAAUACAGAGAGAAUAGAGAAGUUGAUUGAAACAAAAAACUUUAUAGAGAAGAAAGAUUUGGAGAAUGCGGCACUGACAAUUGAGAAAGAAAUCGGCGAGUUGCGACAACGAAACAAGAUUCUAAAAAUAGCAGACAGGCACGGGUGGGAUACUGUCAACGAAUAUUUAGACGAUCCAUUAGCAGACAACAAUGACGACGCUGUUAAGUUACGGGGCGCUGUUAGCCGUGCUGUUCGUAAGCGUAAUUACAGAGGGAAGCCAUAUACAUAUCCCAUGCAAAACCGUAGACAGAAUGCAUUUGCUGCCAACGACUUUUUUCGCACUUUCGGCCAAACGUUUGCUACAGGGGGGUACAAGCAAUUCGCCAAACCAAUCGAAUACGGUGCAGGUCAACAGAACUUUGAACGGAAGUGCUUUUUCUGCAGACAGGUCGGACAUUACGUCAGGGACUGCCCAUUUGCCAGAGGACAACAAGUUCCAGUGUCAGCUUCCACGGUCGCAUCGGCCUCUAGCAACAACGCCAACAAGCAGUAGUAGAGAACAAAUUUUUAAUGAUACUUGGGCGGAAAUUAAAGACAUGUCAACGAAAGAGCAGUUUAAAUCGGCAGAUUCCUCAAUAUUCCACAUCAUGAAAAGUGCAAAAAGUAAAAACACAGUCAAGCAGUAUGAAACGUAUUUCAAGAAAUUUACGCAGUGGUGUAUUUCCAAAGAUGUCGCAAGUUUUCCCGCAAAAUCUAGUGUGAUUGCCAUUUUCUUAAGUGGAUUAAUUCAACAAGGAGUUUCUGAAGCAGUUCUGUGUUCAUUUUUCUAUAGUAUAAAGUGGUAUCAUGAUCUUCAUUGUGCGUUUUCUAAUCCUUGUGACGACAGUGUUAUUCAUAGUUUAAUGGAGGGGGGGAAACGAAUUUUAUCAAAGCCCAUAAAGAAGAAGGAACCAAUUUCGCCAGAUGUGUUAGAGAAGAUUAUAAAUGUAUAUGGGGAACGGGAGCAAAAUUGUGAUUUACGAAGUGUGAGAACAGUGGCUAUGUUGUUGUUGAGUUUCGCAGGUUUUUUGCGAUUUAGUGAAUUAUCUAAUAUUAAAGUGAAAAAUAUAAUUUUCAAGAAUUUAUACAUGAAUGUUUGCAUCGAAUCCAGCAAAACUGACGUAUACAGGCGUGGUAACGAAGUGACAUUGGCAGAGGCAGGAGGGAAGCUGUGUCCUGUAUCUUGGAUUAAGCAUUAUUUAAAUCUAGCUGAAAUUCAGGAUAAACCAGAGGAAUAUGUAUUCAGAGCAAUUAGAUUUUACAAGUCAUGUGGAAAAUAUAUGUUGUGCGGUAUUAACAAGCCGAUUUCAUAUACAAGAGCCCGAGAGUUAUUGUUAGAAGCUUUGGAAAAAGUGGGAAUAGAUUCAAAAGGCUUUGGUUUGCACAGUCUGCGAAGUGGAGGGGCAACAACUGCAGCCGAGAAAAAUGUGUCGGAGCGUCUGAUCAAAAUACAUGGACGUUGGAAAUCUGACUAUUCCAGAGACAAUUAUAUUAAGGAUUGUAUAGAUAACAAAUUGAAAGUGUCUAAUAGUCUUUUCGUGUAAAUAUAAAUGAAUAUAUAUUAAUAAAUAUAUAUGCAUAUAUAUAGUGUGUGUGU